UAGCGACAUGUCGUUUUUCAGUUUUUUACAAAUAAAUAAAUAAAUAAUAAUCUGUUCUUGGCGAUCACUACAGGUUUUUUGGACGCUCUUCAGCUUCGAGACCAGAAAAUUUAGGCAAUCAAGGUGUGAUCUUUCUUUAUAUUUACUGAGAAGAUUUAAGAUUUCUGUGACCCAUGAAGGAGAAUAAAGUAAGUCAAUGAGAAAUUAAGCGAAAUCAAAACAAUGGUUAGAGAUUGUCCAGCUUGGGUGGUUCAACCUAAGUGCCUCCUUCUCUUCGUUGUCCUGCUUAUUUUUCUCAUCUUUGCCUUUACCAGUCCUAAACAGGAUGAGGUGAAGGAAGAAGAACAGGAGUAUGAGAUAACUCAUAGAGUAUACUUGGAUGUUGAUAUUGACGAGCAACGUCAGGGUAGAAUUGUUAUUGGAUUAUAUGGAAAGGUUGUAUCAAAAACUGCAGAAAAUUUCAGGGCUUUGUGCACAGGGGAAAAAGGUAAGAGUGCGAGUGGGAAGCCCCUCCAUUAUAAGGGAACACCUUUUCAUCGGAUAAUAUCUGGUUUCAUGAUUCAAGGCGGUGACAUAGUUUACGGUGAUGGGAAGGGAAGCGAUUCUAUAUAUGGAAGCAUCUUUCCAGAUGAGAAUUUUAAGAUAAAACAUUCACAUGCAGGAGUUGUUUCCAUGGUGAAUUCAGGACCAAAUUCCAAUGGCUCUCAGUUUUUCAUCACCACCAUUAAGACUAGCUGGCUGGAUGGAGAGCAUGUUGUUUUUGGAAAGGUUAUCCAAGGAAUGGAUACGGUUUAUGCAAUUGAAGGGGGAGCAGGAACUUACAGUGGAAAACCCAGAAAGAAAGUAAUUAUUGCUGACUCAGGAGAGAUACCUAAGGACAAGUGGGAUGAGGAAACUUGAACCUCCUUUAACACCAGCUAGUUUGUGUACUCUGAGCUUGUUAAUUUGUGAUUUAGAUAAUCGAUUAGUAUGCUUUUCGUAUUCGAUAACUGUUGUUAAUAGAAACUUGCCAGUGGUUUAGCAACCAUAUAAAUUGUACUCAUAAGCUUGUUAACCCCACCUCAAUUUUUAAUUUUUCUAAGGUAGCAUAUGUUAUUAUAUUAA